CGCGGCGAUCGCGGGCGGAGCGGCGCGGUGCCGCAGCGACACGCCAGCGCCACGCAGCACGUGCGCGCCCGCGGACUGCGCGCCGCCGAGCGCGCCCACCGCCCGCGCGCCACGCGCUCCAAGACAUGGACGCUCUCUCCGAUGACGAUGAAUUCGCGCGCCGGGAGCCUCAGAUCAGCAGUCUGGUGGCGUCACGCGGCGAGGCGUCCGGCGGGGCUGCCGUGCAGCGCGUCGGGGCGGCCGUGUGCUGCGCCGUGGAGCGGUUCGUGGCCGUCGGCGAGACCAUCGCCGAUGACAACCCCGACGUGCGGCACAGCAUGGUGCUCGCCUGCAAGGAGGCGAGGGCCGCAGGUCGAGCAAUCGAGCGUGUGUGCGCGGGCGCAGACGGCGCGGGCAUGGUGUCGGCGGCGCGCGCGCUGCUGGCGGCCGUCACCAGGGUGCUGCUCCUCGCAGACAUGGUCGUCGUACGACAGUUGUUGCUGGCUAAGGAUAAGGUGGCACGUUCCCUGGACCGAUUGGAGUCGGUGUCGAACUUCGCGGAGUUCGUUCGUGCAUUCACGGAGUUUGGCGGAGGCAUGGUGGAGCUAGCGAGGCUAACCGCGGAGAGGAGAGCAGACCUACGCGACGAGCGAAGACGAGCACAAGUAGCGGCAGCAAGAAACGUCCUCGAACGAUCCACCCUCAUGCUACUCACAUCCUCCAAGACAUGCAUGAGGCACCCGACGAGCGCGUCGGCCCGGGAGAACCGUGACACGGUGUUCUGUCAGAUGCGACGCGCCAUGGACCUCAUCCACUACGUCGUGAGGGACGGCCUGCCCGGACACGAGGAGCAAUCCCAUGAGAUGAAACCUUUCUCGGAUAGUCAUGAACAGGCCGCGCAAUGGGAGGCGGGCACGGCGCUGGGCGCGCUGCGCGGGCUCACGGGGCAGGUGCGCACGGCGCGCGCGCGCGGCGGCGCCGACAUCACGCGCCGGCGCUCGCUCGCCUCCACGCUGCGAGCACUCGUCGAGCGCACGCACGACUUCACCGACUCCGCCUACACCUCUCACGAACAUCGACAGAGAAUACUCGCGCUCGCCGAGAGAAUAGCCUACGAAUUAGAAAGAUUAGUUGCCGUCGCCGUAUCGUUGGAAGAGCAAGGUGCCAAUGGUACUGCGACGGCGCUGGAGAGCGCGUGCACGGGUGCGACGAGCGCCGCGUCGGAACUUGAACGCGCGCUGGUCGCUGCGGCGCGCGAUCAAGCGCGAGAUCUCGCCCCCCUCGCUGACGAAGCGAAGAGACUCGCCUCCGACCUUGCAUACAUAGGUAAACAACCAGCUAGUUCCUGUGGUGAGAGAGAAUCAGAGAGACUGCACAAUAUAGCCAGCCGGCUCCAUGAACAAUUAGAUCACAUAAUAGAGGUUUGCAAAUUACUGAGGCACAUAGCUUUGUCGGAGACUCUGCAAGUGAGUGCAAAGUUUGCCGAAAUAAACCUUAGGAUAUACGGUCCGCAAGUGGUGACGGCUGCGCGCACGCUGGCGGCGCACCCGGGCAGCGCGGCGGCGCGCGAGAACCUCGACGUGUUCGUGGACAUGUGGGCGUGGCUGCUGGGCGACGCCGCCCGCCUGGCGCGCGACCUGCUCGACCUCACCGACGACCGCCCCGACAAGCAGCAGUACAGCAGUCUGCCCAGGCCAGGGAAACACGGGACAACCAGCAAGCCUCUGAAAGCAGUUAGGCUGGAUUCUGACGAGCAAGCGAAAAUCGCAAAAUCUGGUCUGGAAAUGAAGAUGAUGUCUUCUGAAAUGGAUGCCGAGACUGAAAAAUGGCAGGGCGCAGCUGCCGAUGAAAAUAACGAUAUUGUGAAGAGGGCAAAAAAUAUGUCUUCCAUGGCCUUCGCUAUGUACCAAUUCACAAAAGGUGAAGGCCGUCUAAACACUACUCAAGACCUCUUCACACAAGCGGAGUAUUUCGCUGAGGAAGCCAAUAGACUUUAUAAAAUUGUCCGACAGUUUUCUUAUCAGGUACCCGCGGGAGCAACAAAAAAAGAACUUCUUGAGCAUCUUGAUAAGGUCCCAACGUAUGUGCAACAGCUACAAUUCACGGUGAAAGAGCCGACGGUCGGGCGCGCAGCCACCUUCAGCAAAGUAGACAACGUUAUACAGGAGACCAAACAUCUUAUGAACGUUAUUAGUAAAGUCGUUACUACAUGUUUCGAUUGCGCGAACAAGUACAACCUGGACUUCACGGGGCUGACGGCGGGCGGCGCGAGCGGCGGCGGUCGCGGCGCGGCGCGGGACGAGGACGCGGGCGGCGGCGCCACGGGCGACGCCAAGCCGGGGGGGAGCAGCUCCGACACGGCCAUGUGACAGUACGGCAUGGGCCGGCGCGGCAAGGGCGACGCGCGCCGGACCAGGGUCAGCUUCCUCUUGUUUUAAAGACUUAAACGUCUUGAAACUACUCGUCGCCUGAAGUCGGAAGAACCGACACUGCGUCUAUACAUAAACCUGUGCUAAAAUGCCUUUAAUUAUUGGAUGGGUGGGACGUUUAGGAUACUUAUGAUUUAAUUAGUGAUUGGAUAGACAUUCAGUUAACAGAUUUUUAUAAAUAAAAUGUUAGCGUAAGUGGGUAAGGUUGUAAACUAUAAUUGGUGACUCAAUGCAUGUUAUAGUAGGAGUAUCUGGAGUGAAAGGAAAAAAGAAUGAUGAUAUAGAAUGAGGCGUUUACACAACGAACGGCAUUUCGCACCGCUUUAUGAAUAUGUAGCGCAGUACCGGUACUGGGGCCCACAUGCAAUCAUGCCUAACUGUGACACAAUGCCUAAUAUAACGCAGUUAGGUUUCACUGCGUGUGGUACUCGCACUCCGACCUUUGCUAACAAAUGAUUGUAACUCGCAUUUAAAGUACGGCGGUUAUUGAAUCGUUUGCAGCAAAUUAGUUUAUAGUAAGAUGGACAGUACGAUAUACAAAGUAAGUUUCUGCAGAGCACUUGCGACACACAAAGCGUCUCUUCAACUCAACUCUUAGUAUUUUUACUCUUAACGCUAGAUCGCAAGCGUGCGGACGCAACGCAUUUGGCUGUGGAUCUUAAGUAAUAAUAUAAUAUUUAAAUGAUACUUUGUUACUAUUAUCAGGGCCUUCAAUGUUAACACCACAAUACUUUACAUGAUAUUCUCAAACGUAGCUUUCAGUGCUAACUUAAUAAUAGAGUAGAAAUGGCAUAAACAGACAUUUGAAAUCAUAUUAUAAAUAUUGCCUCGAAUAGAACAAUUUGUGAUCAAUAAUUAAGAAGAGUGAAAUCGUACAAUAAAUAUAAUACUUGUUACACUUUCAUAAUGUUACACAUUGUUACAAUUAAUACGUAAACAACACAGAGAAGCCUAUUUUUUUAAGUUUCCCUCUCUAAGCCUGUUACAAUAAGUAUUUCUAAUCCUACUUACUAACUUUAUCUAUUAUGUAAUAUAUGUCCUUUACUAUUGUUUACACCUAAGCUACCUUCUCUGCGCACCCUACUGCACUCUCCGUGGUCCUGUUGCACUUUGUUUUGCGUUAUGCACGAGCGCUUCCUCACUUUCAUUUGGCAUCGGCGGCGACUUUACUUUCAGAACAUGCUAAGUACUUUACUACAUUAUACCUACUUCAGAACUACACAGUGUUACUCUUGCAUUCGAUGUUAUCGCAUUCUUAGUCAUUUCUCCUUCAACGAGUUCGUGUACAUACAUUAGAAAAUGGUCAUAUUGACAUUAAACUUGUGCAAGCUGCGCGUGCGGCUGUAUACAUUGCAUGAUUGUGAAACGGAACAAAUAGAUGUGUGUUGCAUGUGUGUACCGUGGUUAAUGGAUGUCGUACGUCAUCUUUCCGACGGGAGGAUGUUUAAUGUUAAGAUGAGGGAAAUUGACUCUGGUGGUUGCCCCAGCAACCCCCCCGUCGCCCAGAAACGCAGUGUUAUAUAGACCGUCGGCCAGUGGCGCCGGCGCAGAACGCGGGCACUCGUUCCACAACCGCUCAUGCAUGCUGCGAUGUGUAUUCGGCUGGCAUUGCAUGUAGUCGCGCAUCGCCCGGCUUCUCUGCAACACCGCUCAUCGACUGUAUGUUUCGGCAAUAAUUAACAUAUCAGUUUGUAGGUUAUAUUUUCAACUGCCUACAGACGAACGACAAAGUCGUUAUUUAGUCUUUAAGAGCUUUAUCAAUAAUCAUAGAAAAAUGAGCGUGCCUAACUCUACGAAACAGUUGAGUAGUUUACCUAGGUAUAAUUAUCUAGAUAAAGAAAACAUUUUCGCAUAAAACAAGCGUAAUUACGCUAGAUAAGGAUGCCGAAUGAAACGAUAGGAUCUAAAUAAAUUGUUGCAGUUUUGCAAGGUUUAAAACUGGCUUAAAACAAUGUCCCCUACCUAAUGACGCCAGUACAAGGUAUGUAGUACGCUAUUAUAAUAUGCACUCCUGGGAGAACAGGUCUACUGUUACUUAAUAUACGUGUAAAUAAUGAUCGACACUAUAUUACGUAUGUAAGUAGUUGUCUAAGCCAGCUGCAAGUUUCACUCGUAGUUGACUGUAACUAGUAGUGCGCCGCUUCGCCACCGCUACGACAGUGUGACUCACUCUGUGUCUCGCCGGUACAACGGUGCCUGUCUUCUGUGCUCGAACUCACCUAACAUCGGUCUAUAUAACACUUCGCUUGUCUCACAUACUUUUAGCAUUUACUCUUCUGAACUAUGUGAACGAUGUUGGCUUUCAUAUUACCUCUAGUUAUAUCUUACGAAAUUGUUAUCUAAUACGAUACUGACUACUUUAACUAAUCUUUAAUCUUGUUUAUUGCCUUCUUAGUUACCUACUUCAUAGAACCUAAUGUAUUAAUCUAGAAUUCUAAUAAUUACCUAUAAGUCAGUUUCAAUUGUAAAACGAGAUGAUUAGAUUAGUUACCCACAAUAUUAUAACUAAUGUAAAGAGCUUGAUUAAGCUUUAUAAAGAAGAGUUGUGAAUCGAACUUGUGGCCACGUAAAGUUAGAACAAAGUUUAGCGUAACUGCUUUGACUGUUAAUAACAAUUAAGUUUAUUAAGGAUUUUCACUAAUUAUAGUGGAGUGACAUGUCUAUCGAUUCAUGGGCUAUGAAUUGAUUAAAAUGCCAUCAUAUUGAUUUUAUAGAAAAAUAAAUAAAAUAAUGAUUGCAAAUGCUCUAGGCAAGUGAUGGAUUAAGUAAAGUACUUACAGCUGGCCGUUAUGUUUAACUGCUAAAUGCAAGCAAAUAAGACUAUACUUUUUGUAUAGUCAGUCAUAAUAAGAUAUACUUUGUACAAUAUGUUAACAACAUUAAAAAGUCAAAUUACAAAGAGUUGGUCCAUACCGAGCAAGAUUAAUAUUGAUAAGCGCUCCGCCACAAAACUAAUUGACAGUCACUGCUUUCACGGUCAUUUCAUGGUAUAAAGUUAACGAAUACAUGGUAUAAUUUACUAAUCAUAGUAUCAUUGGAGUACAUACGUAUAUUGUAGGUCGUGAAUACAAUAGCUGUGCCAUUGUGCCUCCUCGCUUAGACUUAGCGUUUAGCGAAUUAGCACCGUUACAGAAAUAUUCCACGUUAUCAAAUCAUAUAAUUUAUCAUAAAAUAAUAGUGAAUUACACAAUAAUUAACGGUCAUCACAUUAUCGAUAUCAUAAUUUAUCGGUUAGUGUAUAAGUAGAGUUUAGCGAUACAGUGAUUUGUGAUAUUACAAGAUACUUAUCGAGAUUUAGUACAACGUCCUAUAAUUUCAGCGUUUUAUAGUAAUUAAAUUUAGUAACACGAAAGAACACCAAGAUAGUAACCAUAAAUACUAAAUAAUUAUAUAAUUAUAGUUAAGAUAUUAUAUAGAAAAGGUAUAUAGUUUGGGACCUCGAUCGAGGAGACCAUAGCACGAGAUUCUUCUAUUUAACUAACAGUAAGUUUAGUUCAUGCUGAAUUUGAAAUUGCCUAAAUGCAAAUUAUCACUUAGCAAGACAUUGAUUUCAAUAGCGAAUAGUUAGUGAAUGAAUGGCCUGAUAACUGUUGACCUACCUCGACGCUGAGCAAUCUAAAGCAAGGAGACAAUUUAGAUAUAAGGACAAGUUAUGUAAUAUUGUUUGCACUUCAAAUAACGUUGGUACAUUUAAAGAAGUGGCUUAAUUUCCAUUGUUUAAAAAUAAUAUAUCUAAUAAAAAAAACUGAGCUUCCGAAAGUUGAAUGCCUAUUUCCUUAGCGCGUAUGUACCGCGCGUAAGCAAUAAUCUGCAGAGAAAUAAACAAAUCAUAAUUGAAUGAAUAAUGGAUCAGACACUUAAUAUCACACAUGAAAUGAUGUGCAAUGUACCUAAGUAUAAUACAUAUAUUUUCUAUUAUUCUCUUGUCAUGUAAUGUGUAAAUUGAUUACCCUGAAGGAGUAAAACCCCGAUAAAUGAAUAGAUAAUGUAAAUAAAGUAAUUUUGAUAGAAUUAAAUUCAGUGAAAAUGUCUUAGUUAAUUCACGUAUCGUCAAAUAUUUUAAAAUCAAUUUAAUGUUACUUUGUGUAUAAAGAUUGUAUUGUCGAUAAACUGUUGUGAUUGUUAUAAUAUAUUUGAAGUUGCAUUUUCAUUAUUAUAAGUAGAAAUAUAUUUUCCAUAGUGCUGCCAAAGAUAUUUAAUAAUAUAUCUAGAUGUAGUAACGUUGUUUACAUAACAGAAUAUUUUGAGGUUGUUCGUGAAUUUAUGGAUUGUAUUUUGAUGUGGUCGACGAAUGUAAUAACACUGUGUACGUGAUCUAUUACAUCACCAAAUAAAUGAGGAUUCAUACAAGGA